AUCUCUUUAGAGAGAGAGAGAGAGAGAGAGAUGGGGAAGAAGCAUUCUUCAAGGGGGUUAUGGGACAUGAAGACCAUGCUCUUUUGUAGCAUACUCAUGUUCUUCCUUGGAGGAUUAGCAACUUCAUGCUUUUACAGAAAGAAUCAUCAUGAAGCACCUACGAGUACCAACGUUAGGGUUACUGAUAUGAAUACAAAGUACCCAAAUGCAAAUACAAACACAAAUACACAAGUUUUUGGUCAUCAGAGAAGGCUGAAGCGUGCACCACCGUCCUUAACCGACACCUGUGAUUUGUUCUCCGGCAAAUGGGUUCACGAUAACAAGAGUCAUUACCCUUUGUAUAAAGAAGAUGAAUGCCCUUUCCUCAAUGGUGAUUUAGCUUGCCUAACUUACGGCAGAAAAGAUUCUAAGUAUCAGCAAUGGAGAUGGCAACCCCAUGACUGUGACUUCCCAACGUUUGAUGGCAAAGCAGUAGUAGAGAGACUAAGAGGUAAAAGGCUAUUGUUUGUGGGUGAUUCAAUAAACAGGAACCAAUGGGAUUCAAUGAUUUGCAUGCUCCAAUCAUCAAUCCCAGGGGUCAAGAAGGUUGACAAUAGAGGUCUAAAUGGUACUUUGUACAGCUUCCAGGCCGCUGAAUACAAUAUCUCGGUUGACUACUAUUGGGCACCAAUGCUUGUUGAAUCCAAUGGCGAUGAUCCAUACAACCAUCGCCCUCACCUUCGAGCUAUUCGAAGCAGAUCUAUUAAGAAACAUGCUAAGCAUUGGGUUAAUGCUGAUAUAAUCAUCUUCAAUUCAUGUCUUUGGUGGAGAUUACCCACAGUCAGUCUCUUGAAGAGUGCUGGAUCAGUAAUGGGUGGUGCUAAUGAAGUGUUUGAAGUUGUCGAUAGUCCAAUUGCCUACAAGAUGGCUCUCCAAACAUGGUCCAAAUGGGUACUUACCCAUAUCGAUCCUUUGAAGACCAAGAUGUUCUACAUGGGCCAUACAGCAGCUCAUGCAUGGGCUACAGAUUGGGGCGGCAAGAAGCAUGAAACUUGCUAUGGAGAGACGGAGCCAGCGAUGGAUGAAAGAUUCCCGGAAAUAGGAACGGAUCCAAAUAUACUGAGAAUAUUGGAGUCCUCGUUGAGCAAAUUGAAAUCCAAAGGGGUGAAUGUGCAGAUGAUAAACAUAACACAACUAACACAACGCCGAAGAGAUGCACACCCUACUGUUUAUCGGAAACUAUGGCGUCCCUUCACGGAGGAACAAAAAAAGAACCCACAUAGUAUCUCGGAUUGUGCACAUUGGUGCCUUCCUGGAGUUCCUGAUAUUUGGAAUGAACUUCUUUUGGCUUACAUUUUCCGGUAA